AUGGGUACUGGAAAGUGCUCCAAAGGCAUCGGGAUUGCUCUGCUUCCGCUUGCUGUCUGUGCCAUUAUUUCCAACCUCCUGCUCUACUUCCCCAACGGAGAAGUGCUGGAACCGCGCAGGAUCACUGACCUGGUCUGGUUUUUCCAUGGUAUUCUGGGAGCUGGAAUACUGGUUUUCUUGCCAGCAUUUCUAAUGUUGGGUGUAGGUGGACCAGGUUGUUGUGCCAACAAAUGUACGGUGGUGCUCUCCAUCCUCUUUGCUAUCUUGGGGGCUGCUGGAGGAGUCUACUGUGUGAUCAUCUCAUCCUUGGGGCUGAUCAGUGGUCCCCUCUGUGACGUCGGUGGGGAUGUGUACAUCUACCCUUUCAGGAAUGACACUUGGGUAGACAACUAUCUGUUUAACCAGACAAGCUGGAGCAUUUGCAAAACCCCUGAAAACAUUGUCCUUUGGAACACGAUUCUGUUUUCCCUCCUGUUGGCCAUCGGAACAGCAGAAGCGAUCCUCUGCCUCGCUCAGCUUGUCAACGUGCUUGUGGGGGCCGUAGGCAGCUCAUGCUUGCGGAAAAGGAAGACCGAUAUCGCAGGCGUGUGA